UCGUCUGCCAUGCAUUGGAAGGCACGCGACGUAUAAAAAGGCGGGAAAUCGUUUAACGAGGACCACCUCCCCAGCGCGAGCGCGGAACGAGACACUAUCGCUGGCCGAUAGAGUAAGCGAGAGCAAAUCCCGGAACUACUGGACGAUUCAGUGUCUGUUGUUGGCGUCGGAGAACACUACGAAGAAGAGGGCUUCCGCGGACCGGGCAUCAGAAAGUAUAGGACAAGAGGACACGAGGACAAGAGGACAGGACAAUAUCAGCGGCAAAGAAGAACGUCUCCAUACCUUUUCAGUGACUUUACCAUACCCGUGUCGACAUCAUCAUCAUCAUCAUCAUCACCAUGAGAGCGACCCUUUCCCUUCUUGUUACUAUAUGUGUGCAACUUCCUGCUGCGCUAACAAUACCCGUGAAGAGAGGUGACUUACUAAAAAGACAGUCCGAGACACCAGACGAUGGACAACUUGGUUGCAUCAGCAUGAAACGGAAUGCCGGCGAGUACUUCUACGUGUCGGACGGGUCCAGUGAUGUGUGCGGGAUGUACAUGCUCGGACAGCCGGACACCGUCCUGCAAAUUGAGUUCACCCAGUUCACCAUCGAAUGUGAAGCAGGGGGUCUUAUGGCGCUGGUGGACGGUUGGGAGCUGCAGUCGGAGUUCUUCCCUAACAUUGAGGACACCGGGGACAGUUUCGAGGCCCGCUACAAGACGUUCUGUGGGGUCAACUCGCCGGCGGAAGUGUACGUUGCGUCGCAGAACGUGGCUCUAAUCCAGUUCCGGGUCCCCGAGGCAGGCCAAGGCUUCCGCGUCCGUGUCAGCUACCUCCACAACCCUCAACCGUGUAACGUGAUGUUGAUGCCGAGUGCUGGGGUGGUGACGCUCAAGAACUACGGCGAGAGACGCAACUGCACCGCCUCGAUCAUCUACCCCGAGAACAUCCUCAUGCUGUCCGUCGACAUCGGCGUCACGUCCCGCGGUGCCACGGUCGCCACCGAGAGCGGCCUGUCAGUCAGAUGCCACAACGAGGCUGGCGCUGAUUACGUGGAGUAUCUCUAUGGUAACGGUCUGGACGUCAGCUACAUGGGACGGAAGAGAGCAUUUUGUGGACUUCGAUCGAAAGCAGACCGGCGCAGUGUGACCCUGGGCUGUCAGAACUCUGCAGUGAGACUCGUGUCUAGUGGCCUUUACUACAAUUCGAUCACAUUCUCCCUCUCCAAACCUACGGCCGAGGAGAUCGCCGCCUUUAGCCCCCAGUGUUAAUAUGGCAGUGUCGCUGUCUGUUGGCUCCUAUAUCAGCGGAAGUACAAAAAGGAAGUCAGGCUUUACCGUCCUUGAACCCAUUUCACUAGGUGACCUUGACCCUUGGGUCACGUGAUUUAAGUGGACGAAUGAAGUGAUAUUAUCUGUUAUACUUUCUGAUGAGUGUGGAGAACAGUGACUAAUACGGUGAAGACCAACAAUGACGUAAUUACACAUGAAUGAUUAUUCCUCCACAAUGCAUACGUGACUGGGACGUCUUUGCAUCCGCAUCAUGAAGCCGUCGAUGAUGUUUUGACGUCAUAAACGGGGGUCAAUGAAAUACUCCAUGCACAAAGGACGUGUGCAAAGCAUUGUGACGUCAAAAUAAACACGAUUGUGACGUCACAAAGAUUGCCGUAAAAUGGACUUGCUGUACGAUCGGACAGAUCUUCUCUUUAGUGUGUUACCUCCCCAGUGUUGGGAGUACAUUAAAUGUCAGUAUGAUUAAAGAAAUUCGUAUCGUUUUAAAGUCUAUGUUCGGAUGGGUACUGACUGUUAGAUUUUAAUUAUCACGCUCAUUUCGUGUCUACUAUAACAUUGUGUAAACGUCAUAUCAAUAUACAUAUCGUGAGUUAUAUUAACUAUAUAUCAUGCCAGGAUUCAAGGGAGGCGACUCUACCCAACAGCCCCCGAUGUCACUGUACCUUGUACUUCAUCACGAAGGGAAUAAAGGUGAUUGUACAAA